UUUAAAAGGCUCAUUUCUCUUCUUUAUUUCUUGUCUAAUGUCCGAAUAGUAUUUGAUCUUUCGCCAGAAACGAGACAGGAAUUUCGCUACCAUGGCUUCUAAUUUAAUCUUCCAUUCUUCUCUUUUUUGUUUUUCAGUUCCGCGACUAGUCAUAAAGAGGAUAGAGACGUUGAAAUACGCGAAGAAGCCAGUGAUAUUCAAGUGCACGAGAUGCGGCAAAUGUUAUCAAUUGGAAACAUCCCUACGAAGACAUCAGAGACUGGAGUGCGGUGUUGAGCCCAAGCACGAGUGUCAAAUAUGCGGCAAGAAGUUUACGUAUAGAUUUAUAUUAACUCCUCAUCUGGAAUCUUGCAGGAAAAAAAGAGCACAUCUUUACAAGAUGAUUUAGAUGAACCGAGAUUCGUGGCAACAAAGACCGCGUCGUGAUCCACGAUGAGUGGGUCUCUUUUUUUUAUUUUUGCGAAUUGUUCUAUUUGUACACAAUAUUUUCACAAUAUUUUCACUAUUUGUACACAAUAUUGUACACAAUAUUUUCUGAUGACGAUAUGUUUGAGCGUUGUAUUUUCAGAGUGACAAUUUAUUUUUAAGAAAAGCGUAAUAGUUUGUUUGGAAAAUAUUAAUUGACUAAUUAAUAUUGUAUAUAUAUAUUUCUUUAAAUAAUCCGUUUUUUGUUUGCUUUUAAGAAAAUUUCUGGUAGGAAUCAAAGAGUUAAUGGUUUGUUAAACUUAUUUGAUAAGGUUAAUACAAAAAAAUUAACAAAUGUCAGUAAAACUCUGAUGAUAUAAAUCAAAAACAAAUUAACGGGGAUUAAAGUCAGGCAAGAUAAAAGUCUCUAACGCUAGUGUUUCAACAGUUAUUAAUAUAUAAAAAUUACAUAAAAAAUGACAAGAAAAUUAUUUAACUAUACGUUUUGUUCAUGAAUCUCUUUAAAAAGUCGUUAAUAAAAUAUUGUCUUAAUAAACCCACGAUCAUAUAAAAUGUUUAUAACUCAUUUGUACGAUUCUUUCAUGCUGAGAAAUAAGUGAUAUAAAAACGUUAUUGUUAAAAAAUGUGAUAGACUAUCAAAGAAAUGGUCAGCGACCCAUUUCCGUCCCCAUGUUGUACAGAAUUAAUAGUAGAAUCUAUACAUGUACAAUUGAA